CGAUUUUUGCAGAGUAAAACCGGAGAAAAUCGAGCGAUUUUGGAGUCUGAAGCUCUCGAGCCGCCACGAUGAGUGUUGGCACACACAUCAUCGAGGUUAUUCGACAGGGUAUUUGGGCAUCGCUCACUGGUGGAUGGUACUAUGAACCGGGUUUUUCAAUAUUCUGCAACACAAUGCAUCUCUACGUAUGGUUUAUACUUAUUAUUCUUCCCCUUAUCCUUGGAUUUGUCGCUUCUCAAGGUGUCUCACUUGUAUUUGCUGCUUCAUAUACUGGAUUUAUUGUUUUCUUUUUCACUGUUAUUAAGAGUGUUGUCGCCUAUCUGCAUAUGAUUUUUGAUACAACAGAUCCAGUUGUGGUUACAAGAACAAUCAAUGAUUCAGUGGAUGAAUUGUACAGAGAAUCAGAACAACCUCCACUGGACGUUGAAAUGAUUGAACUCCGUGACAUGGGAUAUAAUCUACGUGGCUCCGAAAGAGCUCUUGAUGGAAGACGUGAGCCUAGUGUAAGAGAAGAGAUUGCUGCAAAUAUGGCACGUGCAAGACGACAUUUAGAAGCAGAAAGACACGCAGAUUCUGCUAGAGAAAGCCAAUCAACUCCAAUUCCUCAAAUUACCUCGAAGUUUUGGGAUUUUGUCAUCUCCAAUUCCUCUACCACAUCUGUAAAUGCAACUGCUCUUGCUGAAGUACGAAAAGUUUUAAAUACAAUUGAAGAUGAAUCAACUGAGACUGAAAGUGAGCCAACUUCAUCAACACGAAGACAACGUUCAAGUCCGAUGAAAGUGGUGUACGAGGAUGAACAACCGAAUAUUCGUAGUAGAUCAACAUCUCCGCCAACAAUUGUGACACCGAAACGGAAGAGAUCAGUGCCUUCAAAUCUUAGAAGACAACUUGAAAAUCAAGAAUCAACAGGACCUUCAACAUCUUCAGAAAGAAGAAGUUCUGAUCCAACGAUUCGGAAAAAAGGAAAAACUGAUGAGCAGCUGGAUCAUUAUCACGAAAAGAUUCGAGAAAAGUAUCGAAACAUUCAAAAAAUUCAAGAAGGCGUUGAAGAAGAGGACGAAGAUGAGGAAGAUGAUGAUAUGCCAUCCACAUCUUCAGCAUUACCAUCAAGUAGUAGACGUCAAUCACGGAGAAGAUCUUCAACUGGAGCAACUAAUCGAAAAAGAAAAUAUACACGAAGAGCCGGUUCUCCAGCUGUUUUUGCUGGGAAUUUGAUGAAAAAAGAUUCUCACGAAUCUUCUCGAAGUAUGCCAAGUUCUGUUGGCUGGACACCUGUUGUAGUGUCACUGGGAGACGUGGAUCGUCCGACAACUUCCCGAUAUUCAGCAGACGAUGCUGAUAAUGGAGCAGACAUUCGUGGAGAAAUCACGAAAUUUCUUGAAGAUUUAAUUGAUAAACAUCCCGAAACCCUAGAUGCUAUUGAAAAUGUUCGCAUGAGUCGAUUGGGAAGAGGCCGCCCGAGUUCAGAAUCUCAUGAUUCUGCCCCGGUUGAGCUUGCUCCACUGCCACCGAGUACGUCUGCCGGGCCAUCAACGUCGACAGCACAUCAGAAUUCGGAUCGUGUGGCACAUGGAAUAUUUGCAGUACCGCAUGUCUUGAGAAGUGCAGCUCGCUCAAAUUCAUUUAUUGACUGGCAUUCCCAUUCACAAGUUGUUUCUUCAAGUCAACAUCAUAUUGCACAAGGACACGAAGAUACAUCACAAGGAGCUGUUCACACAUUUCAGGAUGAAGAUGGUAAUUGGUGGACGUAUACUUUUGAUGAAAAUUCGGGUGUUGGAACAGCUCAACCUUUGGGAUCCGGUCGAGCCGUUCUCGAAUUGAUACAUCGAGAAAGAGAAAAGAAUCCGGAAUCUGCUCGAAAACUGUUUCCACCGGCAGAGUUGGAAGUUCUUCCAGAAAGUAUGUAUGAUUCGACUGAAGAUGAAAAAGGAGAGAAGACAUCGGAUGAAGAUGAUGGGAAACAGCCAAGUACUUCGGCUGCUGCAGCUGCUUCUUCUGUUACAGUUUUACCUUCUACGAGCAAUAGUCAAACACAGACUGUACAAUUGCCAUUAACACGUCGAGAACGAGCACUUUCAAGUUCAAGUAAUGAAUCGAGUACAUAUAUGCCAACACUUCCAUCUAGUGUAUUUCAUGCUCCAAGUGGAACUGGUGCAACCAGAGCUUCAUCUGCUCGUGGUAGCCAAAUGGUAUGUUUCUCCUCAAACGGAUCCCGUUUACGAAAUACAGUUCGAGAUGGAGAUGAUCGAUCGGCUGAUAGUAUGUGGCAAAUGGAGCAGAUAAUGGAAUUAAUUGAAAAUACGCAUAGUCGACGGAAUUUCGGUCCAGAAAUGCCGAGUCUGCCUAUCACAAAUCUAGAUCGUCGAGCUUCUUCAAACGUCCGUAAAAGCUAUUACUAUCCGAUGAAAAUGUUCCCGAAAGCUCAGAAAAACUUCAAUUUGAAAGUCGAUCGAAUGAGUGUUGAUCGACUUUUUGAUCGGAAUCAUACAAUUUGGUCGCUUCUUUUCGACAUCGUACUUGCCACAAUCGUUGCACUUCUUGCCGUUCUUCUAAUUGAUGCUCGUAUUUUCUAUGAUUAUUCACUUGUUGCAUUCUGUUUUGUCGUCGCUUCUGCUCAAUUCUCAUUGCUCAAAAGUGUUCAACCGGAUGCUUCAUCUCCAAUUCACGGGUUCAACUGGGUUGCAAGCUACAAUCGUCCGAUAUAUUUCUGCAUUAUGGCAAUGGGAUUACUGUACAUUCAUCAAGUUGCUGGGGGAAAAGAAAUCGAUGAGAAUCCGGAAGAAUUGGCAUGGAAUUGGAAUCCUUUUCGAUUACACAUGAUGACGUCAUCAGCAAUUCUGAUAGCUGUUCGAGAUCUUCUUUCAAUUCUCAUUCUUCUUCUUCCAGUGGCUUUUACACUUGGAUGGCUUCCACAGUUUAAUACAUUGGCUCAUCAUGUUGCUGAGCAAAUUGAAAUGCACAUUUUCGGUGGAACAGCUUCGUUCAGUGUCUUCUCAGCUUGUGUUCAACUGAUCAAGAGCUCAGUUUUCUAUGUGGCUCUUUGCGUACUAUGCCGAGUCGCGUACACAUUCUCACCUACAUCUACACAAAAUCCACUUUUCUCAACAUUCGUUGCCACUAGCGUCGCUGUAUCAUACCUUCUGUCAAGAAUGUCAUCUAAUCAGAAUCUAAUGGUCAUUCUAUUCGACAUUAUCACUUCUCCAUUCAGAAAACAUUUGGAUUCUGAACAAGAAGAUGAAGACGCAGCAAAUGCUCCAUCAAUUUCCACGGCUCGAGAUGAAAUGCCGAAAAUGGUGCGAAAAACAGUGGGAGAACGUGCCAGAUAUGAUUUGAUAUUCUCGAUUUUUCUGGUUGCAUUCUUUUUUGGAUUGCAUUCAACAUCGUUAUUCACUGCAACAGAGCCAUAUUUUACUCGUGCCAUAUCAGGAGUCUGUGUAUGCCUCGGAGUCCUCAAUCACUACCUGUAUCCACAAUUUCGAUCUCAUACACCAUGGCGAACAGUCUCAUCUCCACUAUUAAAAUCAGCUGAACAUCGACAAUUCGAAUCACCUGACGCUGCAAAAUUGAUGUAUUUCGAGGCGAUUCACUUGUGGAUGGUGGCGAUUGAAAGGAAUAUUGUGUAUCCACUAUUAAUCAUUUCAAUGGUAACUGAAAACAAUUGGGCGGUACCUGCCCCAUGGAUCAUUAUUCCACUCAUCUGCCUUCGCCUUCUUCGUGGUGGCUUCUCUCAGCCACAAUUAAUGUAUAUUCCCGUCGCUGUUGCCUGUCUAGCCGCCGCUUUUGAUCUCAAAAAGGUCAUUGAUAUCGAGUAUAAUGGGAAAUCUUUAACCUCCUGGAAUCUUCUUCCAAUCAUCAUGUACAUUUGCGUGUCCGUAUUUCCAAAAGUUGUGGAGCUUUAUCUGAAGAUUGCUUUCAUUUUGGCCUACGUCGCACCAUGGCAGAUUAGCUGGGGAAGUGCAUUCCACGCAUUUGCACAACCAUUCUCAGUACCUCAUUCUGCAUUGAUUGCCAUUCAAACUGUCAUUUCAAGUAUUAUCAGUGCCCCGCUUAAUCCAUUCCUAGGUUCCUCAUUCUUCACCUCUUCCUACGUCCGUCCUGUUAAGUUCUGGGAGAAAGACUACAAUACAAAACGAACUGAUGCAUCAACAAUGAGACUUUCAUCUCAAAUUGAUCGAGGUCCGAUGCUUGAUGAUAGCAAUUUGAAUGCAGUAUUCUAUGAACACUUGACAAGAUCUCUUCAGAAAAGUCUUGCUGGUGAUCUGGCAAUGGGACGAUGGGCUACUAGUGUUCAACCGGGAGAUUGUUUUGUUUUGGCAAGUUUCUACCUAAACUCGCUCGUUCACAUCAUUGAAGUUGGAAAUGGAUUUGUGACAUUUCAACUACGAGGACUCGAAUUCCGUGGAACAUACUGUCACCAACGAGAAGUUGAAGCAAUUACUGAAGAUAUUCGAGAUGGCAGUGGAUUCUGUUGUUGCUCGCCUGGCUCCCUUCCUGGUUUCCUCUCGUUCAAUACUGCAUGGAACUUGAGAUGGUUGGCAUGGGAAGUUGUAUCCGGAAAGUAUAUCAUUGAUGGAUACAGUAUCUCUGAUAAUUCUGCUGUCAAUUUGUUGCAGGUUCACGAACUCCGUCGUCUCCUCGUGACUCUCUACAUCAAAUGCAUCAUUUACUACACUUUCACCUCAACUAAAUUUCGUCAAUGGCUUCGUGAUGAUACAGUUCAAACGGCUAUUCGUUCAGUUAUUGAGAAUCCCCGUUACACGGACGUUGAUUCAAUAUUCUGUUCUACAAAUGAUGAAGACUAUGAUACUGUUGAAUCGGGAAUUUCUAGAAGUAGCUUCAAAAGUAUGUACCUGCCGUGGAUUAUGUAUUGUAUUGAAAAACGAGGGGAGUGUGUGCAGGAAGAUAAAUAUGAUCAUGAAGAAGCUGUAACACUAUGUUUUCUGCUAUCACUAGUUGCUCGAAGAUCUCUUGGAACAGCAUCUUUCAAUAGACAUUCAAGUGCAGCUGAAUCAUUUCUUUAUGGACUUCACUCAUUGUUCAAAGGAGAUUUUAGAAUAACUUGCCAACGCGACGAAUGGGUGUUCACUGACAUGGAUAUGCUCCGAUGUGUGGUGUCUCCAGCUGUUAAAAUGGCUCUAAAACUACAUCAAGAUCAUUUUGCACAAUUUGAGGAAUUUGACGAGAAUGACGGAUUAUACACGGUUAUUGGAGAAUAUCAGACGAAAAUGUUCAUUUCGCACGAGCAGGAUCCUGGCUGGCGGCAAGCGAUUCUGGCGAACACGCCGAGUUUAUUGGCAUUAAGACAUAUUUAUGAUGAUGGGCAGGAUGAUUAUAAGAUUAUUAUGCUCAAUCAAAUGCAUUUGAAUAUGCGAGUCAUAAAGCUCAAUCGAGAAUGUGUUCGUGCAUUCUGGGCUGGCCAGCAACAGGAACUCAUCUUUCUCAGAAAUCGGAAUCCGGAACGUGGAAGCAUUCAGAAUGCAAGACAAGUUCUUAGAAAUAUGAUCAACAGUUCGGCAGAUCUGCCAGUCGGUUAUCCAAUCUACGUAUCACCACUGACAACUUCACAUAUUGAAUCUCAUUCACAGAUUCAUAAAGUAUUUGGUCCCACAUUCACUUUCGAAGGCUUCCGACAAUUAGGGCAAAAUGUGUGGAAUCGUCUCCGGAAUCAUUUCGGUCCAUCUGGAAGUACAUCAGCUCAUCAACAACAACAACAACAACAAGCAUCUCAAUCAAUAGUUCCAACACCAACUCCCGUUCCUCCUGUAAUGCAAAUCACGAUUCCUUCUGCAACUCCAUCUGGAAUAUCUUCUGCACCUGGUGGACCGAAUCCGUCUUCAGGUGCUCCAGGAGGACUACGUGCUCAUUUUCAUGUCGGACCAGUACCAUCAUCAGGAAGAUCAGAUGGAGAAAAGGAUACAGAUGAGGAACAGGAAAUGAUUGUGCUUACGAUGACGACACCGAGACAGGGAAGAAGACUUGAAAAUUCAAUAGUUGAAAUGACAAAAGAUGGUACCGCCCGUGUAUCUGUACUUCAUCCGAAGACUCGUCCACCACUUGAUGAUUCAAUUGCUGCUCCAGUUACACUUACGACUCCACCACAAACAGAACGAGAACGGGCAAUCAUGAAUCGUCCGAAUUUUCAAACUUUACUCAAAUCAGGUCAAGUGAUUAAUGGAAACCAGGAGAUGGGUAUCGGAUCGUGGGCAUUGAUUAUUGAUAGUGAACAAAUAUUCAAAUAUCUCAAUGAACCAUUAAAAUCAUCUGGAGAGUGUUUGGUUGUGUGGCCAGAUGAGCUUGUGCAACAUAUGUCCGGACGAGGAUCCUGGUUAUUCCAACCAUCACGUGGAAUGGCUGGAAAAAUAGUGUACACCUGGUAUCCAUCGCAUCCUCUGAGAAAUCGAAGAAGUCAUGUUGGAGAUCACAUUCAUUUGAUAUCACUUCCACUUAUGCCAAAUGGUCUGGUACCUGUUGCUGAAAAAGGUCUUCGACUACUUGCUCCGCAUGAUAUUAAUACAUUAGGAUUGUCAGGAUGCACCACACAGGAACAACAAGAAUUCCAAACCCGCUAUAUUGACGUACUGAUCCUCUCAAAAAUCGUGACUGGUACCGUAUCCGCCCGUACUUCAUUUCCCAAAAAACCACCAAUUCCACCGCCAAACAUUCGAGAUCGGGAACGGGAUCGAGAGACUGGAACAUCAUCUUCUGCCCUUCCAACAACAACUGCAUCAAAUCCUUUGGAAACUACAGGAAACUCAUCUACCGAUUCAGUACCACUGGAAACAUCGGAGCUACCUGCAUUGACAUAAUCUCUUUUUUGUUUGCUCAUUUUUAAAUGUUCCAUAGUCGUUUCGGGUACUUUUCCUAUCCGAUCUGUAUAUUUUGAACCCAUUAUUGUGUGUUUCUUCUUGUGAUUCCCAUUUAGUGUGAUUUUGAAAAGAUAUAUAAACGUUAUGCUCUAUUU